AAAGAAGAAGAAGGUGCGCUAUUGAGCAUCAAAUAUCAAAAAUAGUGCGACUUAUUAACUGAAGUUAUCCUUCGCAAUUCAGCAAAAAUAAGCCACCAGCACCAUGGCAACUUCACAGUCAGCCUUCGCAUUUGCAGUUUGUAUCCUGAUAAUAACAGAGUUAAUACUGGCCAAAAAGGACUACUAUGACAUAUUGGGAGUGCCGAAAGAUGCCAACGAGCGUCAGAUAAAGAAGGCUUUUCACAAGCUGGCUAUGAAGUAUCACCCAGACAAGAACAAGAGCCCAGAUGCUGAGACAAAGUUCAGAGACAUUGCUGAGGCAUAUGAAACAUUGUCAGACGAGAAGAGGCGACAAGAGUAUGACCAGUUUGGACAUGGCACAUUCCAUAACGAUGGAACCAAAGGCAGAAACGGGCCAAACGUCCACCAGCCCUUCAACUUUGGUGACAUGUUCAAGGACUUUGAUAUUUACAGCCAGAACCGGCACGCCCGUCACAAGAGGCACUUCGAGGAUCACUUCCGGGCCCACCAGGAGGCCCAUCACAGCAGACACAAAAGACACUCCCAGGGUGCUUUUGGAGCAGCAGGUGGUGGUGGCUUUGACGGCAUGUUUAACGACAUGAAGAAGUUUACUUUUCACAGGGACACUACUAAGCAGACUGAGAGCAGGUUUCAGAGUACUACCGCGAAGCAACACUGCAGAACAGUGACACAACGCAGGGGGAACAUGGUCACCACGUACACUGACUGCACUGGCUCCUGAGGACAGGGGCAACGUCCGUAUCCACAUCACUUGGGUUGUGUUCAUCAGGCAUGAAAUGGAAGAAUGCGGUUUGAAAUGGGGAGGUACUAUCUGAACCAAUUGUGGCUGAUGGGAGGAGCUAUAGGAGGACGGGCUCAUUGUAAUGGCUGGAAUGGAAUUAAUGGAACGGUAUCAAACAUAUGGAAACCCCGUUUGA